GGUCGUGGCUUGACGCUACAAUCUGCAGAGUGGCAGCAUUAUUUUUGUUCAGUGAAGUCCCGUCCUGUCGGCUGCCCCAUACCCGCCGCUGUGCCUGGAUUUUCACUGGCUUCUCGUUUUUUGGAGUUUGCCCCUUCUUCUUUUUGCAAAAGCAACUUUGACUUGACUGCAAGCAGAGAGCGAAAGGGUCCUUGGGCCGAUCUAAAAAGCACCUCAGGAUGUCAAAAUCCUUAAAACUACAAAAGGAACAGCAGCAACGGGACCUUGAGACACGCUAUGAGAGCAGCUACCACCAAGGCUCCCUAUCAUCUGUUAACCGCCAGUCUUAUGCUGCAUAUGUGAGCAGCAGCAGCAGCAGCCAUGGACACAAGAUCUCAAAGAAGGAGAAGAAACUGAGCACUCUCUCUAAGAAAGAAAAGCGCUCGUACCUGGCUGUGGACAAAGAAGAAGAGGUCAUAGGAUACGUUGUGCCAGUCUUCAGAAGCAGUCAUUUGGCUACCCAGGAUCUGAUGGAGACUCAGGAGGAGGUGAAGGAGGAGGGUGUGGGGUAUGUCGUCAUGAGGAACCUGUUCUCCAGGGAGACCGACUUCAAGAUGAGAACUGUGAAGAAGUCCAGAGAGACCAGUUUGAGAGAGUCUGCUGAACGCCUGGCUCUGAGCAGGAAGAUGCAUGAGAAAGAAGAAUUCCAAAAGAAGAUGAAUCCGGACAGUUUGACUCACCCCCCGGAGUUCGUCGUGAAACCACGAGGCCAGACUGUGUGGGAGGGGAAGAGUGUGACCCUGCACUGCACGGUGGCUGGAUGGCCCAAACCCCGCGUGGCCUGGUACAAAAACAAUGUUUUGAUUGAUGCUAAGUCUCACCCUGAGAAAUACGUCACAGAAAGCCAAUACAACAUGCAUUCUCUGGAAAUCAAGAAUUGUAGUUUUAGCGACACUGCUGAGUACCGAAUCUCUGCACUUAACGUGAAGGGAGAAAGUUCUGCGUUUGCCCCUGUCAUUAUUAAAAGAUUCAAAGAAGGUGAAGAAGUGACUGAAAGGCCCCAUGGUUUCAGCCCUGAAUAUGGCGUGACCUUCAACACUACCAUCAUUGACAAGUUUGACGUUUCUUUUGGCCGUGAGGGAGAGACCAUGAGUUUGGGCUGUACAGUCAUUGUCUACCCCACUGUGAAGCGCUACCAGCCAGAGAUAGUGUGGUACAGAAAUGGUGUCGCCUUGUCACCUUCUAAGUGGGUGCAAAUGCACUGGAGUGGUGAGCGAGCCACUUUAACUCUUGUGCAUCUGAACAAAGAAGAUGAGGGUCUCUACACUCUGCGUGUCAACACCAAGUCAGGCUUCGACACCCACUCUGCCUAUGUGUUUGUCAGAGAUGCUGAUGUGGAGGAGGAGGGGGUUCCUGUAGCUCCUCUUGAUGUGCGUUGUCAUGAUGCUAAUAAAGACUAUGUGGUUGUUACCUGGAAGCAGCCAGCAGUGGAGGGCAGCAGUUCCAUCAUUGGCUACUUCAUUGACAGGUUGGAGGUGGGCACUCAUCAUUGGACCCAGUGUAAUGACACUCCAGUGAAGUAUGCCCGUUUUCCUGUCACUGGGCUUAAUGAGGGCCGCUCCUACACCUUUAGGGUCCGAGCCCUCAACAACUCUGGUGUGAGCCGCCCGUCCCGGGCAUCUGACCCUGUAGUUGCCAUGGAUCCAUCGGACCGUGCCCGCCUUAGAGCUGGUCCCUCGGCUCCAUGGACUGGAAUGAUCAAAUUCACUGAGGAAGACCCCACAGUGGGGGUGGUUCCUGGUCCAUCUACUGACCUGGCUGUCACUGAGGCGACUAAGAGUUACGUGGUACUGAGCUGGAAGCCACCCAUCCAGAGAGGACAUGAGGGUGUCAUGUAUUAUGUGGAGAAGUGCUUGGUGGGUACAGAUACAUGGCAGAGGGUGAACACCGGGAUGCCAGUGAAGUCCCCUCGCUUUGCCCUGUUCGACCUUGCUGAGGGCAAAUCCUACAGCUUCCGUGUCCGUAGCUGCAACUCUGCUGGAGUUGGAGAGCCAUCGGAAGAAACUGGGGCGACUACUGUGGGAGACAGAUUGGACCUGCCCUCUGUCCCAGGGCCUGUUAUUCCCAUCAGAAACACUGACACGUCUGUAGUUGUGUGCUGGGGGGCAUCUAAGGAGGUUAAGAAUCUGGUGGGCUAUUACAUCGAGGUCAGCGUCAGUGGCAGUGGUGUUUGGGUUCCCUGCAACAACAAGCCAGUCAAAGGCACUAGGUUUGUGUGCCAUGGGCUGAACACUAUGGACAAAUGCGUGUUUAGGGUGAAGGCUGUGAACGCUGCAGGAUACAGUGGAAGCAGCGCCGAAUCUGAGGCCUGCAUUGUACAAGCAAGCAUUGCCGUCCCAAGCCCUCCCACCGGUGUGACCCUGCAGGAGAGGCUCCGUGACUACAUGGUGCUGGGCUGGCAAGCUCCUGCUAAGACUGGUGGAGCAGACAUCAGAGGUUACUACCUGGACUACAGAACAGUGAAAGAUGGAAUCACAAGCAAGUGGCAUGAAAUUAACCUCCAGGCAGUCACUGGCACAUCUUAUAAAGUGACAGACCUGAAGGAAAAUGUAUUCUACCAGUUCCAGGUGCGUGCAGUCAAUCGGGCUGGUAUCAGUGAAUCCUCCAUACCCACUGUCCCCUUGGAGUGCAAGGAAUGGACUGUGGCUGUUCCAGGCCCUCCUCAUGGCCUCCGUGUCCAGGAGGUGCGUAAAGACUCUAUGGUACUUCUGUGGGAACCACCCACAUUCAAUGGCCGCAGUGCUGUGACUGGAUAUUAUGUGGACUAUAAGGAAGAGAAUGGCAAAUGGAGAUGUGUCCAAGAGAGAUCCACAAAAAAUACUUACAUGAAGGUAACUGGUCUCCAAGAGGGUGUUUCCUACAUGCUGCGCGUCCAUGCUAAGAAUCUGGCAGGUGUUGGUGGACCCUCAAAGGCAACGGAUGCAAUUUUGGCUGAGACUCGCCCUGGAACCAAUGAGAUUGUGGUGGAUGUGGACGACGAUGGUGUGAUCUCUCUGAUCUUUGAGUGCUCCGAUCUUAAAGCGAACUCUCAGUUUGUGUGGUCUAAAAACUAUGAGGCCUUCACUGACACUUCUCGUCUCACCAUUCAGACUGCUGGGGGCAGGUCCAGAGCUAUCUUUAAUGACCCAUCGUUGGAAGACUUGGGCACUUACUCUUGUUUUGUGACUAACACUGAUGGUGUCUCUGCCAGCUACACGCUCACUGAAGAAGGACUUAAGCGCUUGUUGGACAUCAGCCAUGACCACCAGUUCCCCAUAAUUCCCUUCAAAAGUGAAAUGGCCAUUGAGCUGCAGGAGAAGGGCCGUGUGCGUUUCUGGGCCGAAGUUGGCAAGUUCACUUCUAACUGCCAAGUGGAGUAUGUGUUCAAUGACAAUAUCAUCCAUGAAGGAAAGAAGUACACGAUGAACUUUAACAAAACCACCGGCAUUAUUGAGAUGUUCAUGGACUUACUGGAGGUUACUGAUGAAGGAACCUUCACAUUCAACCUUGUUGAUGGCAAAGCAACUGGUCGUACCAGCUUAGUGCUUAUUGGAGAAGAGUUUGCUGAGCUUCAAAAGAAAUCUGAGUUUGAGAGAGCAGAGUGGGUCAGAAGGCAAGGUCCUCACUUUGUGGAGUAUCUCAGUUUCGAGGUCACUCCAGAAUGUGAUGUGCAUCUCAAAUGCAAAGUUGGAAACAUCAAACCUGCCACUGAGAUUGCCUGGUUUAAGGAUGGAAUUGAGAUUGAAGAGGAUGAUGAGGAUGCUAAGAAGAUCAAAAAAUCUGAUGAAGUGUUGAUCUUUGACAUUGGCAAGGUCAGACUUGGUUGGGCAGUGAUAAGGCUGUGUUCGAGCUGGGAUUCCAUCAUCUGUAUGAUUAUUAUAAUGAAUGCAUUUUUGCUGAAUGCAGUAUUUUACAUAUGCUACAGGCUUUGCUAUGCAAAAAGCCACUCUCCUCUCUGACACACGGACCCAUAA